ACAUGAUAUGGGAUAAGGUGGUGGUGAUGGUUGGUUGACUGGUGUGGUACGGUAGCCGAAGGAAACGAAACGUUCCUUUCGGGCGUAAAUAACAAGCAGCAUGGAAUGUCUCGCAACAAUUACAAAGCUAUCGUUUGCUCCCCUAUUGUUUGCUGACAGAUUCAGUCCCAUUCCCCGUUCCUCGUGCGUGCAGCUGAUGCAGCUUGUUUAACGACGCACCAACGAUCGUCUCAGCUUUCAUACGACCAUACGCCCUCGUUCACUCUCCAUUCGGCUCUCGUACUCCCGUCAGUUGAGUCGUGUGCGUGCGUGCGUGCAUCAUUGUUGUUGCUGUUUUUCGCAAUGGAAAAUGUGCUUGAAAAGUAGUGUUGCAGCAGAUAUGAGGCUAUGAGGUAUCAGUGUAGAUGUGUGGCUUGAAUUUGCCUUCUCGUGGUUCUGUGCUUCACGUUGGUGUACUGCACUUUUUCGCAAGCCAAAAAAGAAACUGCAGUGCGCGACGUGACGCGUUCGCGAAUUAUUUCACUUCGAACAGAUCAGGUAGUGAUCACCGCGUAUUCUCUAAAUCCGGUCGACCUACGCUUAACCACGGUUGUGGCGAGGGACGGAUAGUGGAAGUUUCUAGUGCAUUGUGCUCAUUACCAUUAGUGUCACAGCGCCACCGCCUGCUGCUCUCUUAUCCAUCUGGCUUGAUCUCGUUGGAAACCAAUUGGGUGGGAAAGCCCGGCAACUGGAUCGCGAGUGUAGACGAACAUUUCAGUUGUCCGUUCUUCGGUGGUUGUAACAGCCGUUCGGCCAGUUAGUGCGGUGUUGCUAGAGUGUGUAGAGCUGGCGAGCAUGGCCUCACUAUCAUUGCCGCGUGUACUGCAACACCGGAAGUCUCCCGUUGAGAUCGAGCGUGAAAAUCUCGUUAAAAAUUUGGUACGAUUCCGUUCUGCUGCAUGUCUCUGUCUCUCUGAAUGUGCUGUAUGUAUGUAUGUAUGUAUACAUGUAUGUAUGUAUGAACGAAUCUGCGUGAUGUGAAAGAUCGUCGUUGGGAGUGAUAUCUUCAUAUAUAUAUUAUUACAAUUGCAAUUCCCCUGGAUUUCAUUUCUUCCUGCUCGCUGCAUCGCUUGCACAUCUUUACUGUAAAGCCAUAAAGCACCAACCACAACAAUAAUGAACCAUUACCUACUAUAGUGAAUAUUACUGCACGGAACCAUUUGUAAAGCAAAGCAUUUUUGACUGUAAAACAUGUCGCUAACGGAUAAGGAAUACUAUAAUCUGACUAUCAGUAUUUCCAAAGCGCUCAGCAAUGUGGAAAUGCCCAUCAAGGUGAAGCACGUCCGUGCGGCUAUCAUUGGUACAUUCCACAGCAAUGGUGCGCAUGCAUUUUGGGCCAUUGCCAUCCGGCAACCGAUACAGGACAAUCGGAUAGUGGCGUGGAAGUUUUGCCAUCUGCUGCACAAGAUACUGCGCGAGGGCCACCCGCUAUGCUGUCAGCAUUCCAUGCGGCACCGGGCCAUGCUGCUGGAGGCCGGAAAGCUGUGGGGCCAUCUGAACGAUGGGUAUGGUAUUUGCAUCAAGCACUACACCAAGCUGCUCGUGACGAAGCUCGAGUUUCACGAUCGCAACCCCCGCGUACCGGGCAGCUUAUCGUUACGCCAGGGCGAUCUGGAAAAGAUUGGCGAGGGAGACAUUAACAUUUAUUUCCAGCUCGCAGUUGAGAUAUUCGACUAUCUGGAUGAUAUCAUUGCGCUGCAAGGCACAAUAUUCAAUUCCAUCACAACGUUCUGCGUCAGUUCGAUGACUUCGGCGGGACAGUGCCGUUUGGCACCGUUGAUUCCUUGCAUUCAAGACUCGAACCCACUGUACGAUAUGCUGGUGCGCGUGAUGUUUAAACUGCACGCCAACUUACCCUCAGAUCUGCUGACUGGGCAUCGCCAGCGCUUCAACACACUGUUCCAUCAGCUGAAAUCGUUCUACGGACAGUCGCGCAAUCUGCAGUAUUUUGUUAACCUGAUCACCGUACCGAAGCUCCCGGAGGCGCCGCCCAACUUCCAGCAGCAAAGCGAUCUGGGCAACUACCAAACACCGGUAGUGGUGAUGCCCGAUAGUGAACCUCUGGACAAUGAGCCAGAACCGCCAGCGAUCGACAAUCUGAUCGAUACGGCCGAGGCGACCCCACCGAUACCGGAGCUUCCGCACGCGAACAACCACCAUCAGGUGGCCGCUCCGGCGCCGGUCGUACCGGUGGCACAAGUAAUGGAACUGGAACGGCUGAUUCAGGAGCGGGACAAUAUCAUUCGCCACCUGCAGAUGGAAACGCAAGGAUUGUCCAACCAGCUGAAAGCGGCAACCGGCGAGCAGCGGGACGUGCAGCGUCGACUCGAGGACCAAAUAGCGACACUCAAUGCACAGCUUACGCAUAGCCAAGGCGAACUUACCAAUCUACGGUUUCAGAAGGAAGAGCUGGAACUGCGAGCCCAAACGGCACCAACGCUAGAGCAGCGAGCGCAAGCGGAAGAGGAACGCGCAAAAGCCAGUGAGGAAAAGUUCCAAAAACUAAAAACCAUGUACACGCAGAUACGCGAUGAGCACGUGAAUCUACUGCGUCAGCAUGGCGAAAUUAGCAAGCAACUAGCCUCGUCCACGAAAAUUGCAGCCGAAGCGAGCAAAGCCAAGGAAGAACUCCAAUGCCAGCUGGAAGAGCUCGAGCAAAAGCAAGCCCUGGUACAGAAUGCACUGCAGCAAAGUUCGAACGACGCACGACAGGAGCAGGAAGCCAUUGGCGAACAGCUUCAAAUCAUGACGCAAAAGUGUGAAUCGCUGCAGAGCCGCUAUGAUGAGAUGGAAGCGUCGCGGCAGGCCGAAAUUGCCGAGCUUCGCAUCAACCUCGAGCGGCUAGAGGGCGAACUGCACACGUUCCAGCAAGAGCGCGAAGCUCUCUCGAACGAAAAGGGAACGCUAGAGGAACGGUUGGCCGAAAUACAGAGCGAAAAGCAGGAGCUUGAUUUGAAGUACCAGGAAUGCAUGGCAAAGAUGCACGAACUUGAGCUAAAGACUGAUCAUUACGCAAAGGAAGAAAUGUCUUUGCAGCAGAGCGUAAACGAAAAUUCACUUAAAGCGCAGGAACUAUCCGAUCAAAUUGAACAAUUGCGGACGGAAAAUGAUACACUCAAACAACAAUACAACGAACUGGAAGCAGCCAAAGCGUUGCAAGCGGAAGAGUUCCAGCGAACACACCAGGAGGAACUGCUUCGGUUCGAUUCACUGCAGACGGAAAUGAACGAUAAGCUGGCCACUAUCGCCUCGGAAAAGGAUACCAUAGCGGGCGAAAAGAAGCAAACCUGGGAGCAGCUGCUAAUGCUUCAAACGGAAUCCACCCAAAAGCAGGCUGAUUUUGAGUCGCUGGAAAAGGAUUUGAAAUCAGUUCUCGAGCAAAAGGAUCACGAAUUGGAAGAACUUAAUGCAAAGUAUCGGGAGCUGGAAGAAAAAUAUCAGGAGCAAACGGAACACAAACUGCAGGCUGCGCUGUUAAAGGUGGAAGCGCUAGAAACGGCGCUCAUUGACAGCAAAAUUAGUGGAGAGACGGCACUGCGCACCCUGCUGGAGGCGUGCAUUAAGUCGUCGGAAAAGCUGACACUGCGCGCCAUCGGUGAAAACGAAAUGCCCGGAGCUGGCGGAACACCCACCUACUUUUUGAUGAUAGCGGAAGAGCUGCAGGAAGUGCUGACCAAGCUGAAGAUGGUCCAUGAGAACUAUCUGAAGGACAAUUCGACGAACGUAGAAUCGCUGGCACGGAAAGUCAUCAUCGGGGCACAUCUGCUCGCUUCUGCUCACGUGCAGGGCAUGACUGUAUGCAAUCGCUCGGCAAACAUUGAAAGCGGUGAACGUAUCGCAGAAGAGUUGAAGAAACUGGGUCAAUCGAUCACGACCCUUUUCCACUCACUGCAGAAAACAAGCGAAUCAGGUACGGUAAGUGAUCGUAUAACUGACCUGAAGACAAAACUGGAAGAGGUAACUACCAUGAUCGUCGACCUGGGCAAGCAAACCGAUGGUACCGAAAAUCUGGGCGACAUGGUGGAGUCCGAGCUGACCACCAUGGACAAAGCGAUCGAAGAAGCUGCAUCACGCAUACAGGAAAUGCUGUCAAAAUCCCGCGCUUCCGAUUCGGGCAUAAAGCUAGAGGUGAACGAGAAGAUUCUUGAUGCCUGCACGAGUCUCAUGCAAGCGAUCAGAGUGCUAGUGCAGAAAUCUCGUUUGCUGCAAUCGGAAAUUGUUGCACUCGGCAAAGGAACCGCUUCGGCAAAGGAAUUCUACAAACGAAACCACCAAUGGACGGAGGGACUAAUUUCGGCAGCCAAGAGUGUAGCCCAAGGAGCCAACUUUCUGGUCACGGCGGCAAAUAAAACGGUGGUCGGUGGGGCAAAACAUCAGCUAGAUUUGGUGGUAGCCGCCCAGGAGAUUGCGGCCUGCACGGCACAGCUCGUAGUGGCCAGCCGCGUGAAAGCUCCACGAUCCAGCACCAACCUUACAGCGCUGGGCACCGCCUCCAAGAACGUCACGCAAGCGACCGGGAUUGUUGUUGCCACGGCGAAGGAUUGCAGCCAGCGGUUGGAAGAUUCCCAGGAUCUGGAUCUUGGCACGCUGACGGUACAUCAAGCCAAAACGAAAGAGAUGGAAAUUCAGGUAAAGGUGCUUGAGCUAGAGCAGGCACUGCAAAUGGAGCGAAUGCGCCUGGCCUCAUUCCGCAAGAAGAACUACCAACAACCCGUGGAAGAGUAGUAAACCUAGCACUUGGCGCCACUCCCAUGUUGGGUACGCUCCACGCUUUUUUUAAGAAGGUAGUACGGGUCGCAGCGAUCACUUUUUCGAAAUUCACCAAACACAUACACAGAGGUUUAAAAUGGCCAAUCUGUAGACGACUGUAGCUAUGUUUCAAUCCAAUCCCAAAAAAUCAAACAAAAUGCUUGGAUUUAAUUUGCUCUCUACAUGGAGAUGCAUUUCUACCGAUUGUGUCUUAUUUUGGCAAUCAUUUCAAAUCACUUCAGACUGGUAAUAUGCAACAAACUGGAGGGGAAAGCUGUUUGUGUUGAACAAUGUUACACUUAUCAUCCCACGUUAUCAGCCACGCAUAUCACACGUUAGCCAAUGAGAGGGAGGCAUCAUCAUGCAACAUCGACAUUAUGUUAAGAGUGUUUCGUCGCUUCAUUAACCGUUAUUAAUAGGAUAGUGAAUAUAUUAGUAUAGCAUAUUUAACUUUGUUAGAUACCCCCAAAAGCGUAAGAUGCAUCCAGUAACGAAUGAUAAGAAGCUCUGUUAUACUGUAUCUUGUAUUUCUACUUACAACGAAAUUGAUGCAAACAAAUAAACAUGGAUCAAAUAAAAUCGUA